CGGGCUCGCCAGCGUAUGAAGUCUCAAGCUGACAAAAACCGCUCUGAACGCAGGUUUUUGGUUGGAGAUUGGGUAUACUUAGAAACUACAGCCUUAUGUGCAGUCGUCCUUAGCACCUCGUGCAAAUCACAAGUUGGCUUUGAAAUUCUUCAGACCCUACCAAAUCAUUGCUACUGUUGGGGUCAGUUGCCUAUAAACUUGACUUGCUAGCUUCUUCUCAUCUUCAUCCAGUUCCAUGUUUCCCUUCUGAAGAGGCUUUUUCUCAUUCUGUGGCGUCUACACUGCCGGAUGGUACUCCUGAGCUCCAAGUGCCUGUCAGAGUGAUACAACAUCGCUUUGUUGCCCGUGGUCAGCGUACUAUGGAGCAUGCUCUUAUCCAAUAGUCAGGUAUGGAACCUGCACUCGCAACUUGGGAGGAUUUGGAAGCGUUGAAGCAGUAGUUUCCUCUCGCCUCUACUUGGGGACAAGCAGGUUCACUUUUUUGAGAGUACAAGCAGGUUCACUUGGGGAAGGGAAUGUUACUCCUGCAUCGUACUGUAGAUGAAGACACUACUGGGCCGGUCAGGCCAAGUCGCAUCGGCAAGCCCAAUCCGUGUGUCUCCGGGCCGGAGUGGAUCCAGCCCAAGAGUGUUGGCAUGCGUGAGUAGCCACCUGCGUGUGGUGUGUGGGAAUAUAUGUGUGAGGAGUGCCGAGAGAGACGGCAUCGUCAUGUAUGAACCUUCAACUUGUUCUCCAAACUAAGAGGCCCUCGUGCCGAUCCUGAUCUCCUCCCAAUCCCCUUCUUGCUCCUGCCCCAAUCCGUUCUUCCUACUACCCCAACUACCCUGCUGCAGUGGCGACAAGAGUUGCUCCACUAGGCAGGCUUCAACAAGAAAUUAAACACACUGCAGCAGCAAGGACGUACAAGGGCCGGAGCCAAAUGGAGGCAGAUAACACCAUGGUGGCCAUGGGUUUCGGUCUCUACUGGCACUCGCCACCUCGCUUCCUCGUCGAGCCCCUCGACCUCGCCGACGCCUUCGGCAGCAUGUACGCAUACGCGCCGGCGAGCGAGGCUGAGUCGCUGUCCGGCCUCUGCGCGUCGUACGCGCCGGCGGACUCCAGCUCGCCCGGCGGCGCCAACGACUGCUGCUCCGCGCCGGCGGUGUUGGCGCCCCCACCGCCAGCCGCUGUGGCAACGAGAAACGUUGUCACGGAGCGCGGCCGGCGCCGCAGGCUCAACGAGAAGCUCUACGCGCUCCGCAGCGUGGUGCCCAACAUCACCAAGAUGGACAAGGCGUCCAUCGUCAGGGACGCCAUCGCCUACGUCGAGCACCUCCAGGAGCAGGAGCGCCGGGUGCAGAAGCUCACGGUGUAUGAACACUAUCACCCAGAGCUGUACCAUGAAAAAUUCAAGCGCCAUAAUACCCCUCAGCGCGACUGGAAGCAGAACGUGGCAAUCACGAGACUUUAA